UCUUUUGAAAAAACUGAUGAUGUACCUUCUUUCAGAGGACAUUGUUACCCAGCUUUGACUCUCAGUAAUGCUUGUGAAAGUAGACGCAAGGACUUGGAAAAUCUCUGCAGAAAUGAUCCAGGCUCCAUUGGCUUGAUGGUAGACAAACUUAUUAGUCAGUUUGGUCAGCAAGCAGUAAACCAGUGGAUUGCUAAGGGAGGUAGUGAACAGUACCCACCCAGCACUCUACAUGGUAUGUGCAGUCUGUAUUUAUUGGAAAAUGUUCAUCAUAUGUGGAAGCAUUGUGUUGUAUUCUAUUUGUUGCUUGAUUUGUGCCUUCUGGACACUGAACUUCAAACAAAUGAGGUGGCAACAAAAUUUGCUAAGGCAUUCAGCAUAUCAGAGGACUUAAUCAAACUCAUUCAAGGAUUCUGGAUGCUUGACCACCAGCAUUUUGAGGCUGCAUUGACAUAUUUAGUGGAUCCUGUUGUAAAAACUGAACUUGGCCCUUGGCAGAGAAGUUUUGUCAUCAAGACGUUGCUUGCCCAAGGUGAAACACAGAAAGCUUUGUACUUGAUGAAGGUCAUGUGUCCCACUGUGCAGAGCUUCAGUGAUGUUAAGUUGUUUAUCACUGUAUUGUUGGCCAGCGGUAAUGUCACAGAAGCCUUCAAUUUUCAGAAAAAUCAUCACAAUCAGAUCAGAACCAAAGAACUGCUGUAUCAUUUUUUCAGUGGCUGCCAACAGACCAAAAACAUGAGCAAGCUUUUGCAGCUGUCCUUGGACUCUGUUGAAGAGGAAUUCUUGGUAAACUUUCUUCAAGAAGAAACCUUCCCAUAUUCCAAAGAACUACUUGUGAUGCACUACCUUCAAAAAGGACGUUAUGUAGAAGGAAUCAGGUUAAAUGAACUCCUUAAAAAGGAUAAAAAGGUAUGUAUUAAAUGAAUGUUGUUUUGCACAACAACAACUUCCUUUAAUUGUAGGUGUUUUUUGGCUCCUUGGUUUCUUUAUAUGAAUGAUUAUAUUAUUAACAAGGCUGGGAAGAAUUCUAAACAGGCUUUUACAAGAAUAAUAUUAUGUAAGUGACCAGUACUUUCAGUAAUUAUGAAGUUUUUAAAACGCAACUGAAAAUAUCUAAAAUCAAGCCAGAAUUGCUCCUUUCACUCAUCCA